AUGGAUCUCAACAACGAGACCUUCUUGGUAACGCUCUCCAAUGAUCAAGACUAUUUGAAGGCUCUUACUGGAGGGCCAUGGGAAAUCCUCGACCACUACCUCGUGGUUCAUCCCUGGUCACCAAAGUUCAGAACGUCCGAUAAGAUUCACAAAUCUGUCACCGCCUGGGUCCAACAACCGGAGCUCCCUGUACAUUUCUACCACCGGGAAGUCUUGUUCGCGAUCGGCAAUCGUAUAGGUAGAACUGUCAAAUUGGACUACCACACUGAGAUGCUGGAAAGGGGGAAAUUUGCAAGGAUUGCCAUAGAACUGGACAUGACGAAACCUCUCCCGACCCGCAUUCGAUUGGACGGAUACUGGCAACAAGUUCUGUACGAAAACCUCCCCCAAAUCUGCUUCGAAUGUGGAAGAAUCGGCCAUUCGGAGGACACUUGCCCAAAGAAAUCGAACAAUUUGGCCACUAUGCCAACUCCAGGGUCUACAGUGCAAUCAACAAACGGCGCCGCCCAGAUCGAACCGCCGGUGGAGCCGCCGGCCGGCUAUGGUCCUUGGAUGCAGGUGGUGUGCAAAUCCCGCAAACCAACUAGGAAAGUCAGCGACAAUCAAGGAAACCAUCCAGCAAAACCUACAAAUCAAGGGAAGCCAACGGCUAAAAGCACGGGAUAUUCAAAGGGAGAUACUCAUGGCACAACGACCGGGAAUGAUGGAAAUGGAAAGGCGAAUCACAAAUCCGAGCAAAAGAAAGGAAAAUCGGAUCCUCAUAAGGGGAAAGUUUCAGCGAAGGGAAGCAAACCUACACAGGGAAACAAGAAGGUUAUCAACGGCUCUCAGGAAUGGAUCCCGAUGGGAGCUGUCAAGGAGGCCUCAAACAUCCAAAGCCUGGUUACCGACUCUGGGCCGUGGACUCAGAGCCCACUUUUUGCUGGCCCAAAUGACCCAGCAAUGGGAAUUCUCUCUUCCAGCACUGCUUCGGUCAAGCUAAGCCCAGAAGUUACUAUAAAGGAAAACGCAAACCCAAAUGUCCCCUCUCAUUCAGUCAGGCAAAACUUCGAGAAGAAAAAUAACAUCGCUUCGCCUGGCCCUGGAAGUAAAAAUGAUCGACAUCUGAAAAUUGCAAAGAAGCCAAUUCAGAACUCCACUGUGAUGAAGCGCGAAGUAAAUCAGCUGGUGAAGGAACCCACCUUCCCUAUCACUCAGCGGGAUAUAGAAUCCUUCAUCAUCCAAUCUAAGCGUAAAGCGGAGGAAUUCGGAAAGGCCGUAGCUACGGCGGCUAGCGACGUGAGAAUGAAGGACAGUGCGGCCAUUCCCGGAACCCAGAAGACCAAUCCGGAUCAGAGCACCCUGCCACCGCCGAUCAGCGCGGACUAA